CGCUAAUACCCUUUAGGUCUCGCAAGAGCAGCAAAUAAACUAAAAAGGCUUCAUCUUUUUAAUCAAAUUCUUUACUCGGUCUUGAUGCCCACGAUGUCCAAAGAGCGAUUGAAUACUUCUUCUUCUUCUUCUUCUUCCUCUCUUUAUUCCAGUUCUGAGUCAACAUCAACAGAGCUGAAAUCGAGAGUUGCUUGAAUUGGAUUUCCAGAAGCAGAGAGAGAGAUAUGGAGAGAGUGAACACGAAAUGGGUAGCAGCAGCAGCGAGCAUAUGGAUUCAAAGCUUUAGCGGAGCGACAUACACAUUCGCAAUCUACUCCUCAAUCCUCAAAUCAUCUCAAUCUUAUGACCAGUCCACCCUCGAUUUCGUUUCCGUCUUCAAAGACAUCGGUGGUACUUUGGGCAUCUUCUCCGGUUACCUCUACACGGCCAUGACUUCCAAGCCGCACGGUCGUGGUGGCCCGUGGGUUGUCGUUUUCGCCGGGCUGGUUCAGUGGUUUCUGGGCUUCUUUUUCAUGUGGGCUUCGGUGGUUGGGCUGAUUGCUCCGCCGCCUGUGGCGUUGAUGUGCCUGUUCGUGUUCUUGUCUGGUCACUCGCUGCCGUUUUUCAACACGGCCAGUGUUGUCACCGCCGCUCGUAACUUCCCUGACUACGGUGGGACUGCCGUCGGCAUUAUGCAGGGGUUUCUAGGUCUAAGUGGAGCAAUACUGAUUCAGUUGUACCACGCUCUCUCCGGCGGCGAAGGUAACCCCGCUACUUUCAUUCUUCUUCUGGCCAUAGUACCAACGCUUGUCAUCUUCUUCACUAUGCCUUUUGUGAGAGUUUACGAAUCGGUCACCACUAGUAACAAGAAACACUUGGAUGGUCUCUCUGUCAUCUCUUUGAUCAUCGCCGCAUAUCUUAUGGUCAUUAUCAUGGUCCAAAACGUUCUCGGUUUACCACGGUCCAUGCAGAUUUUCUCCUUCGUCCUCGUGAUUGUGUUGCUUGCCUCUCCUAUUUUGGUUGCGGUAAGAGCCUCACGUGAAGAAAAGCAGUCACUUUCGACGUUGGAUUAUCCUGUUCUCGACACAUCUGCCUUACUCGACUUUCCCAGUCCGGACAUCUUUCCUGAUGGAGAUCUUGUGGUUACGGAAGACUCAAACAUAUUGGAAGCAAUGAGUACAGUGAACUUCUGGCUACUCUUCUUGGCAAUGCUUUGUGGGAUGGGUUCUGGAUUCGCGACUAUAAACAACAUCAGACAGAUAGGCGAGUCUCUGCGCUACUCUACGGUUCAACUCAAUUCUCUGGUUUCCCUCUGGAGCAUAUGGAACUUUCUAGGCCGGUUUGGGGCCGGUUAUAUCUCAGACACAUUCUUACACAAACGCACCUGGCCUAGACCGGUCUUCAUGGUGAUAACUCUAGGGAUUAUGGCUAUAGGCCACAUCGUAGUGGCCUCUGGUCUAGUAGGCAGCCUCUAUGUCGGUUCGGUUUUGAUCGGUAUGGCUUACGGUUCGCAGUGGUCGCUCAUGCCGACAAUCACAUCAGAGAUAUUUGGGAUUCGGCAUAUGGGAACGAUUUACUUCACGAUUUCCAUUGCUGGUCCCAUCGGGUCGUAUCUUCUCUCUGUGAAAGUGAUAGGUUACUUCUACGACAAGGUAGCUUCUGAGGUUGACAACUCUUGCUUUGGAAGUAAGUGUUUCAGGACAUCGUUUAUGAUCAUGGCGUCUGUGGCUCUCUUCGGCUCUUUGGUUGCUUCUGUGUUGCUCUUCCGCACAAACAAGUUUUACAAAAUGCUGGUUGCCAAGAGGAGCUUGAAGUGAAGUUGCAAAUUGUGUAUAUCGUUUUUAGUUUGUGAUUUGAAGUUUGGAUAGAAAAAAAGAAAAAUUUUAUUUGUAAAUCAAAAGACUACAAUAAAAACAGCACAACUGUUUGAGAUUUUAUAUAUCAUCUUGUUAUAAACAGAAAAUUAGAGACUGCAAUUUGCAUUUUUGAAAAACAAAGAUAUUUAUUUUGAGAAGGGAAUGAAAAGAGAAAGAAAUAAACAAAAUUG